ACAGAAGUGAUAUGAGUGAAGUUACCUUUGCAUUUGGUCGUUUAUCUACGGAUUAGCUUUAGUUCGAAAGUAAUGGAGAAGUAUUUUCCAUCGCUUAUGUGCAUAUUAUUUCCAGAAUGAAAGCAUGUCACAUCAGUUUUGCAAUAGUGAUCACUUUUAUCGUUUCAUCUGAAUGUAAUAUUUAUUAUCUAGACGAUAUCUGCCGCAUAAGUAACUUAAACUCACGUGAAGAUCUUUGGAUUUCGGUACCUAGUGUAGGUCUGCAGUCUACAGGAGAAGUAAAAUCAAGCAGAAGGGGAACAUACAGUCUUGGAAGAAACUGCAGUUUCAAAAUUACGUCAGUUUAUGGCCUUAUAAUUAACGUGAGACAAGUCCAAUUCAGACCUGGAUGCCACGAUUAUAUAAAAAUUUCUGAUGGAAAACGCAGUAUUGCACUUUGUGGUUCUAAAAAUGACCUGGACGAAAAUAUGCAGUACUACGGAAAGUCUAUCAGAAUCCACUACUUUACCCAUGCAGGAGGAAGGGCAACAGAUAAUCUGGAGGGUGUUUCUAUGAUCUACACAGCAACUGCAGGUCUUCCUUGUGAUACUCUAAGAAAUUUCCUUUGUGACAAUGGAUAUUGUAUCUAUAAAGGUUUCAUCUGCGAUGGAUAUAACAACUGCGGAGAUUAUAGUGAUGAAAGGGCAUGUCUGAAAACUAGCACUAGGACUGGGCACUAGGGAAAGACUGCUUUUUCUUCCGAGCUUAUUUGCAUGUGGUAACCAUGGACGUGGCUUUCUUUGUAACAAAAACAUUCUCAAAUUUGAGUAUGCAAAAGUUAUUAAUGGAAAUUUUAGUUUC